GGACCGGUAAUGGUUCGAAUGGUUAGUUGAUAGUUUGUAAUGGUAUUUGUAGUAGAAACCAUUAGAAUUGGUGUGAGGGUUUCUAUUGUUUUUGUUUUGUUUUGUUUGUUUUUUUAUGCAGGGAUAGAACUAAAAUAUUUAUAUUUUUUCGCUAAGUAUGAUUGUAAGACUACCACUCGCACAUUUUGACUGCACCAUCAGAUAAAUCCACUUAUUUUGAAACCACUGUUUUCAUGACUAUCGAUAAAUCAGAUACAUGUGAAUCGGUUCUCGUUAUCGAAGCUGAAGGAAUCGAUUCAAAGAUCCGACUCGUUCCCGGACGACUCAUCCCUCCCUAUAGUGUGUAUUGUGGAAAUUAAAGAUGGCGCCUUCACACGUCCUCAGAUGUUGUCAGCGGGGUCUGGCUUGGAUACCGGUUAUAUUUAUCGCUUUAGUCGUGUGCUGGUCGUAUUAUGCUUACGUUGUGGAGCUGUGUGUGUUCACGGUGCCGAGUCUGGGAGAGAAAGUUAUCUACUUGGUCGUUUUUCACCUCUGCUUCAUCUUGUUUGUUUGGUCUUAUUGGAAGACCAUCUUCACCAGACCAACAAAUCCAUCCAAAGAGUUCUGUUUACCCAAAGCUGAGAAGGAGCUUUAUGAGAAAGAAGAGCGUCCAGAGACCCAGCAGGAGAUCCUGAAGCGAGUGGCGAGCAAUCUUCCGCUCUACACGCGCACCGGCGCUGGAGCCAUCCGCUACUGUGACCGGUGCCAAGUUAUCAAACCCGACCGGUGCCACCACUGCUCCGCAUGUGACAUGUGUGUGUUGAAGAUGGACCAUCACUGCCCGUGGGUGAACAACUGUGUAGGGUUCUCCAAUUAUAAGUUCUUCAUCCUGUUCCUGGCCUACUCGCUGCUGUACUGCCUGUUCAUCGCUGCCACGGUUCUGCAGUACUUCAUCAAGUUCUGGACAAGUGAGCUGCCCGACUCUCAUGCCAAAUUCCACGUGUUGUUUCUCUUUUUUGUGGCGGCCAUGUUCUGCAUCAGCAUCCUCUCGCUCUUCACUUACCACCUGUGGCUUGUAGGGAAGAAUAGAUCCACGAUAGAGGCAUUUCGAGCGCCCGUGUUCAGGAACGGACCGGAUAAAAACGGGUUCUCGCUGGGCUUCAGCAAGAACAUCGCUCAGGUGUUCGGAGACCAGAAGAAGUUCUGGCUGCUGCCGGUGUUCACCAGUCAGGGAGACGGUCUCACGUUUCCAACCCGACUGGUGGUCAGUGAUCCGGAGCAGCCAACAGUAGUCGUACAUCCUGACCACCUGAGCCAAAGUGUUGAAGGUGAGCAGUGUAAUCCUCUCAGCGAGUCUCAGAAACAUCUGCUCAAUAACGACCUCCACCACGAGGACAUCGUCGUAACGGCUGUAAAGUCUGAUGAAUGUGACACCAUCACAGUCUCCGUGGCGGGCGAGUCUUAGCCAGGAUUCGUGGUCGUGAAACUACGGCGGAGAGAAACAGCCAUCAAACAUGAUGCCUUAAACAACUCCAUCACCUCUGCAGCAGCUUCUCGUCUGAGUGCGUUCGUUCAGCGUUCAGACAAAUUUGCAUCCUGAUCACUAAAACGUUUUUUGGUUUUUGUUUUUUCAAAGCAAACGCAUUUUAUCUUCACACUCACUCACGAACUGGUGCGAUUCGUAUAAACCUGUUGGUUGUUGACCAGAAAAAUGCGCACUACCGUAGUAUUGUUAGGGGCGUGUCAUUCCCCCGGCAGUAUCUCAUCUGAUGUUUACAUAGCGCGGAGUUUAUAAACCUAUAAAGUGUAGUGCUUUUUUUUUUUUUUUUUUUUAUGGUGUUGACCAUUAACUCUAUUUUCUCUCCAAGAUACGAUUAACGAUUUAUUGUGUUUGAGGUUGAGGUGACAGGAUUGCACUUUUGCACGUUGAAACUCCAGUUAGCAAACGUUUAAAUGACGUUUAUAUAUAUAUAUAUAUAUAUAUAUAUUUAACACACACAGUACCAGUCAAAAGUUUAGACGCACAUUAUUUUUCCCCACUACAUUUUAGAAUAAUAGUAAGGUCAUUAAAACUCUGGAGGAACACAAAUGGAACGAUGGGAAUUAUGUUGUGAUAAAAAAUCCUAAAUAAAUCUAAAUAAUUUAAUAUUUUAGCAUCUCCAAAUUCGACACGCUUUUUGCUGAGAAUUUCCAGAAAUGUAUUUGUGGCGUUUUCUCGGUGGAUUUCUUGAGGUAUUUCCCUGAGAUGAUUUUUAAACAGUAUUAAAGGAGUUCACAUCGACGCUGGACUCUUAUCAGCUGCUUUUUGGAAUAUUUCGCUCGAGUUGUCCGUUUAAAUAAAGAUUAUUUUGUAAAUAAUAUGUUACUUUUGUAAUGAAAGAAACGAAUACAUCGGCACGAUUAUAGCUUUGUCUACGGCACCGCUGUCAAACGAUUAAUCAUACACCUUCAGAUCAAAAGGUUUUUGAGAUCAUGAGAAACAUUUCAGUUGAGUGUCCACAAACUUUUGACUGGUUGUCUGUGUGUGUGUGUGUGUGUGUAUGUAUAUAUAUAAUAUAUAUAUUCUCACCCUUCAAAAACAAAAUGUUCUGUCACAAUAUUAAAUAUCGUAUUUCUGGGUGGAUAACAGAAGGGACGCUGCACUGGAAUAAAAGUAUUAUGAGAGUUUUAUGUAAACAGUAUAUUUUGGGGGGGGCAAUGUUAAAUUUCAUUUAACUUUUGAUUAAAUAACAAAAUACGCAGAUAUCCCAUGUUUCUAAAUAUUGACAAAACUAGACGCUCCUUUUUAUUGUACUACAAUGGUUAAAGUUGGACUUUAAAAAAGUUUAUUCAUUAUUAAAGUUAAAAAUUUUCCUCUAAUGUUGGAACGUUGCGAUUUUCAGGAUGUUGUGCGUUUAAAAUCGAUGUUUUACGUGUUAUUUUUAAUGAUUUAAAAACAGUAUUGAUUAUGUUCUUGUAGUGUUGAUUAUUAUGAUUAUCGUAAUGUAGAUUCACGGGAGCCGUUUAAGAAGUGUGACAGUUUCGGAACGCCGCUGAAGCGAAAGAGAGGCGUGGGUGGAGUUAUUAGGGUGAUGUGGUUAGAUCGUGUAGUGAGUCUCAAAUUUAACAAACUGGUUUUUCUGUACAGAACAAACAAGAUGUACGAAACUAACUGGGAAAAAAAUAUCUCAUGACGGACAGGAGUUAAAAGCUGGAAAGAACUUUAAAGUGCACCUAUUAUGUUUUUUUCAGAUAUUAUCUUUAUACGUAUCUCUAUACGUAGCUGUUUGUGAAUGUAAAAACGUCUGCAAAGUUUCACAAAUCGGAGUUAUAAGCGUAGUUAUCUACUCCCAAAUGAAGGAACCGAUUCUGAACAGCUGAAACGAGUCGUUAGUGAUUCCAGAUUUACUUCCUGUACAAACCUACGUAGGUUUGUAACAAUAAGCCCCGCCUCUCGUCUUCAUCGGCUGCUUGCUGACACCGGUGGACCAAUCACAACAGACUGGGACAUGUGACCAAUCAGAGCAGCAUAUGCUCUCUGAAAGGAGGAGUUUAGAGUGAAUCCUUAGGACGGAUCAUUGAACGAGUCGUUUGUGACACUGGGGGGGAAAGGUAACGCUGCAGUUCAAAUUAUGAGCACGUUAACGUGUUUUUUAGCUUGGAUGUAUGUAAAUCUAUCGUAUGAGAGCUUUAAAACAAAAUUACGCACGUUUCAAAACCAUAAUAUGUGCUCUUUAAACAAGUGCCGUUUGUGUAUGAAUCGAUUCUUUGAGUCGACUCUUUUAGCUGAACAUCAAGAGCCGCCCCCCGUCAUUUUUUUUUUGUAGAUGUAGACGAUGCCAUGACUCCUGUAGCGUAAUCAUGGAAACGUCUUUCCAAAUUCUGAGAUGUUCGUUAGCGUUAAAUUGAUUCGUUUUCAGUAAGCGAUUUAUAUCAGUUAGGGUCACGGUGAUGUUCGAUGUUCCUUACGUUAAUUAAGUCAAAUUAAACUUGCAACUCAUCGUCCAUUUUUUCAAAAUGUUCUCGCGCAUCUGAAUAUCGCAAAUUUAGCGAGGAGCCGAUUCUCAAAUGAUCUGACUCGCUACUAAGAAGAGCAGAAUUCCCAUUACGAGUAUUCAGCCCUUCCUAUCAGGAUGUGAGUUUUCCACCCGGAAGUCCUGCCAACCCGCAUGUGUACAAAGAUUCCCUUUUUUUUUUUUUUUUUUUUUUACGUUAGGGCUGUUAACAAUUCGAAUACUUUUUCUAAUUUUUAUAAUAUAUUAGGUCAGAACAACACAUUACGAAUGUCUCGAAUCUGGUGUUUUAGGUUUAGUUGUAUAACGCUGUAUAACAUACAUUUAGAUGUAUGUGUAAACGUUUUUGGGGUAAAUGACCCUUGUUGUUUAAUGUAGGAUUUACAUCGAGCUUUAUUUCACACAAUACAACCACUAUUGAUUUUCUAAUUGCGUAAAACGUGACCCAGUAUUUUUGCUAACGUCUGAAAUGCUCGUUCUAUGGCUGAGUAUCUCCUCCGAAAGUAUUGGAACGGCGAGGCCAAUUCUUUUUUUUUUUGCUAAGAAAACGACGAAUAUUAGACGAUAGAUCAGAAUUUCAUCUCUCAUUUCCUGAUAUUUAAAUAUAGACGUGUUAAACGGCUUCAAACAUGCCAGCUUUUUGUAUCAGACAACCCUAUUUUUAGGUGAGCAAAAGUAUAGGAACAGAUAAGUCUUGACAUAAACACUGACACCAAACUGUUGGUUUCUUUUUCUGUGAAGCUUCUCCAGGUUUUUCCUGCAGCUUCUUUCAGUAGUUGUUUGUUUCGGGGGGUUUCUUCCUUCAGUCUCCUCUUGAGGAGGAGUUGGGUGAAGGUCUGGUGAUUGACUUGUCCAGUCUAAAACCUUCCACUUUUCCCCCUGAUGAAGUCCUGUGUUGAGGUGGAAGUGUGUUUUGGAUCGUUGUCUUGCUGCAUGAUGAAGUUCCCCCUGAUUCAUUCAAACACAUUUCUCUGUAAAUCUGCAGACAAAAUGUUCCUGUAAACUUCUGGAUUCAUUCUGCUGCUACCAUCAUGAAUUCCAUCAUCAAUAAAGAUUAGUGAGAAUGCUCCAGAAGCAGCCAUGACGCUACCUCCACCAUGUUUCACAGAUGAGCUUGUAUGUUCUGGAUCAUGAGCAGAUCCUUUCUUUCUCCACACUUUGGGACUUUUCCUUCGCUGUAGAGGUUCAUCUUAGUUCCAGAACUUUCCAGAAUGCCUUUGUUGAUCUAAUACUUUUGAAGAGGACUGUAAUAUAAAGCACUAUGUAGGGUCUCUAACCAAAUGAGGUAGCCUAUGUAGUGAGCAUAUAUCGUGAUUAGAAAGCCUGCAUGAGUUUCAUUGCAGGAACGCGACACAGUUUGUACCUUCUGGGGUUUGUGAUAAACAUCGUGUGGCUACCGCUAAUGUCCACUCAUUAAUAUUUAUUAUACACUCAUUAAUAUUCGCAUACAUUUCAAUACUAAAUCUUUUCAAAUGAGUUGCACUGAAUUGGACAGCCCUAAUAGCACAGGUGAUGUGUUUACAGGUUAUGUGACUCUCAUUAUAGAAGCUUCUUAAAAGUCUUAAAACUCGAAUCAGAACGUUUCUUAGAAAUUUAUUUGUAUUCUUUUUAGAAAAUAAUCCCCGUUUAUAUCUAAUCAAAUCCAUUUCCUUAUCUGCAUUGCAUAUUCUAGAACUCUACUCCAAAAUUUAACCUCCAGUCAAAAUAUCAAUCAAAUUGUGAUGUGUAAAUUGAUGUAAAUAAAUUGUGUAUCAACACAAACGUAAAAUUGUAUAAAUGAUGAGGCUUCGUAUAAGAGAGUCCACGUUUUUAUGCACAUUCAUAAGCUGCUCUUCUUUCGAAAAGAUUUCUUUAUAUAAUCAAUAUUUAGUUUUAGAUUUAUAUUUAGUUACUUAGACUGUGUUUAGCCGUACGGUUGAGUGCAAAAGUUUACACACCCCUACUUCUGAAGUGUGUAUUGGACGUAUCGUGUCUUUCUUUGUCUAUCUUUUUCCUGAGCUUUGGGUGUGUUUUUGUCUGUUUUUCUUAUCUGUUUUCUGUAUCUCCUUCUCCAGUUCCAUGGAAGCUGAGUAUUUUGUGGUUUAGAGCAUGUGGGAGUUGUUUUCCUGAUUCCCACUGAUUCAUAUCUCGAAUCGCCAUUUUGCGAUGAUAUUGCGUUAAUCAUAAUUAUUAGGUUUACAUUUUGUACGUAAGGCGGCGAGUCGAUAUUGAACGAUAUCACUGAAUCUGCUACGAUUUCACACUUCGAAUCGGAUUAGUCGCCUCUGUUCAAAUCUGGUGGAGGUCUACCAUUAAUUCACUGAUGAUGAUGAUGGUGAUGUAGAGCUCGCCUGUUAAAUUAUUUACACAUCAGCUGCAAAAUAUGAAUCGAUUUUUUUUUCCCCACCAGUAAUUUGUCCUUUUUUUAAUCAUUUAAGAUAGAUGCGUUGAUUCAGUUCAGUUGUUGCCUUUUGAUGCAUCGAUCCAGAGCUUUGAUCGUUACACCCCAUGAAAGUGAUUUACUGAACAAAACACAAACACACAAAAAAAGGUGAUCGAUAAAGCUUUUAAAACUUUUAAAAAUUAUUGCGAGUCCUGUAAAUAAAAGAACUACAGAAGGUUACAAACUUUUGAGCGUGCUAGUAAAUAUUCUUCCUGAUGUACAGUCGGUUAUUGUAAUAUUUAAUUCGGAGAGUCUUUUGUGUGUGUGUAAAAUAUAGAGGGGUUUUUUUCAUCCAGAAAUUGAGGGGGGUGCUAACUUUUGCACUCAACCGUACAUAUCAGGCUCGUUAGUUUAAUAUCUGACCUUGGUCAUUUAAGGCUGCUGUGUUUUUUUGCCAAAUAAAGGGCUGAAUAUCAGAGCUCAGAGUGUUUACAGCAGGAAAGUUCCUCUGUGUGCUCAUGCUGAAGCCCAGAAACACCAAGGACACCAAAUCCUUUUUUAUUUUUAUUUUUAUUUUUAUUUUAUUCAUUUGACUUUUCUGUGUUCAGUAUCCGUGCUGUCAGUCGUUACUCUGCUGGUGCUCGGUGUAUAUUUUUUUGUUUUGUUUCGUACUGUCUGGUCAGGUGUUUAAUCUAUAAAUUGUUGAAUAUCCAAAGUGCAACCGUGUUUAGGAAGGGGGGUGUGUGUGUGUGUGUGUGUGUGUGUGUGUGUUGUGGUGAUCAGUGUCAGAUUUUUAUCUGGAUCAGUACAGUAGGUGCGUCAGGAAGCUUGCUGGAGAAAUAAAGAACGUGUUGAAUAACAGAAUCCUGCGUUCACACUAGCAAGCGACGAAGCGUUCGUUUUCUGCGUACGUAUGCGACAACAGAGCCACGAUUUCCUCAGUUCUAUGCAAAUUAGGUAUGAUGCUGUAAAGAAGCGACAAAUCCGAAAACGAUCGGUGUGAACGCUUCCUCGGCUCGAUCUUAUGCCGCGUGUGGUCCGGUCCAAUGUUUCUUCGGUUCCGCGCUCACUACUGUAGUUUCCUACUACGAUAAAAAAAAAAAAAAAUGGAAGAGAAACACUUCGAACCGGGGUUUUAUUCCGUCGUAUAAAAUGUGUGUAGAGACCGUCGGUGCCUCAGUUAGCCCGAUGUGCUAAUCUAAUCCGAGAACGAAGCCGAGCGCGUAACACGUAAAUCGCACGAGCGAUUUUCACGCUGAUUAACGAUUUAGUUAUUUCGUUUGUGUUUAACUCGAUGAGCAGGAAACGCCCACAAGCCACAGCCUGAGAAGUGACACAAGCGAUUUGUCACGCUGUAGUCUGAACAUACGGUCAGAGCGUACAGAAUAUUACAAUUUUGUAUUCUUUUUUUUAAUUUAUUUAUUUAUUUCCAUGUUGCAGGCGGGUACAAAAAACAAACCCAAUAAGGAGUGUGUGAAUAAACACCAGUCACACACUCGGAUCUGUCUCACAACGCACAACACCGAUGUAGAGAUUUCUGAGCUCAGAAUGUUGAGAAACACUAAACUGAUGUAUUUUUCUAUGAAUCCAAAUAUAAAGGUAAAUAAUUGGAGGCUGUACAAUGCAGUAAAGUGUAAAGAAUGUUUCAAUUGUGUAAAGAACAGCAGACCGGUCUCGUACCACUUCAUGUCUCCUUUUUUUUGUUUGUUGUUGUUGAUUUUUUUCCCCCGUAAACGCUGCCGUAAAGUGGUUUUUUUUUCCGAAAUCCAACACAUUUAAAGCAGGUCUUUUGCUUUUUUUCUUUUUCGCUCCAUAUUGCUUCCUCCUUCAGUCACAGCACUGAUUAUUUUAUUUAUUUAAUGUUCGAUAAAGCAGUUUUCUUCCUUUUACACCUUUAUAAGCCAUACUGAAUUCUCAAUUCUGAACUUUUCAAGUACUCUUACUUUGGACCAUUUUCUAUUUACUUUUUACAAAAAAAAAAAGAAGAAGCGGGGGAGGGGGAAUCCUGUGGGGUUUUAUGGCAUGUAGAGUAGCUUAUAUUUGUACCCUGCUUAUUGAUUUUUUUUUUUUUUUUGUCAAAUGUUUCAGGAUUUACACAAAAUAUUGAAAAUACUGUAAAAUGUUGAUCUCACGUCUAUUUUUCUUGUCUGAUUAAUUUGAAUCUUGAUAUUUUGUGAAUGAAGUACUUGCUUAUUAUGUGAACAUAACUAAAAUAAACGUGCUUUUAUAGAAAGAAAAAAAAGGAGGUGCGUGUGUGUGUGUGUGUGUGUGUGUGUGUGUGUGUGUGUGUGUGUGUGUGUGUGAGACCCUGAACUCUGUUCAGCUCACCGACACUCAGGCCAUUGAACUCGUCUUACACAUCAGAAGUGAGGAAUGUCAAAUAAUCUCUUACUUCCACCUCCAUCUGGAGUUUUGUGUUGACUCAUCAGAGCUAAAUGUGUGGAAAAGUACCUAAACUUAUGCUUUUUUUAUUUUGUAUUUUUUUUUAUUCUUUUAUUUUUAAUCUGUGCUAUUUUCUAUUUUUAAACUGAUUUUUUUUUUUAAAUAAUUCUGUAUUUUUAGGGUUUUUUUCCCCCUAAUUAUAGUUUUAUAGUGUUUAUAGUUUAGUUUCUGAUUCCACUAGUUGAUGAUUUUUAUUUAUUUAUUAUUAACUGCACAUUGUGUGAUAUCUUACUAAACUCACUGAACAUGCGAUCAGUGUUAUUAACAGUCUUUAAGUAAAAACUCAGUACUUUUAUCUGGUUAAAAAACAAAAAUGGAUGUAUUUAAUUCCAGUGGAUAUUAUUUUACAAACUCAAAUCAGGUAUUUUUCCAUCCAUCUAUUUUCUACAGCGUUUAUCAUACAUGGUCGUGGGGAACCUGGAGUCUAUCCCAGGGGGCAUGCGGCACAAGGCGGGGUACACCCUGGACAGGGUGCCAUCCAUCGCAGGGCACAAUCACAUACACAUUCAUACACCCAUUCAUACACUACGGACACUUUAGACAUGCCAAUCAGCCUACCAUGCAUGUGUUUGGACUGGGGGAGGAAACCGGAGUACCCGGAGGAAACCCCCGCAGCACGGGGAGAACAUGCAAACUCCACACACACAGGGCCACGGUGGGAAUCGAACCCCCGACCCUGGAGGUGUGAGGCGAACGUGCUAACCACCAUGCACCUGUCAUGUAUUUUUGUUUGUUCUGGAGCCAUGUUUAGCUAUUCUUUUUGGGGGUUUGUUUAGUCGUUAUUUACUCAUAACUAAGGAAUUUGAGAACAGGAUGAGUUUAUUAUAUUACACGCAAUAAAAGUGUUCAGUAUGAAAGCAGAGAACACCAUGUCUAUAAAGAAUAAUAAAUAAAGAUUACUGUUGUCUUCCCAACAUGU